UGCGAAAUGAAAUGUAUGAAAUGACGCAGACGUGAAUAAGUGCAAUAUAACAGCUUAUUUCUCUCUCCUGUCGAAGAACGCAGAUUUCUUUCCAUUGCCCUCUGUGUGCUCUUUCGAGCAACAAAAACCAAAACCAAAACAAAAUAAAAACCCCCAGCAUCUUAAAACCGGAGAGGAAAACAAAACAAAAAAGUAGGGCCGGAUUUGGACCUGGCGUACCUUGGCUUAGAUUUUGGCGUGUAUAAUGACUUAAGCCAAAUUCUGUACCCUAUAUAUAAUACGCACGCACACGCUCGCGGAUGGCACACUUUUUGUUGCGUGUUCGGUUGAACUAGAUGGGUAGGGAAGCAUUGUAGGUUGUGUCAUUGUGAAUUGUGAUAGUGAUAGUACAGUGGUGCUGUGUGAAAGAUUUCGUGGACGUAUGGAAGAGCAAGGAGGAUUAAAUACAUCAAAAUGGGUCGAAAACGCAAGGCCAUCAACCCGGAGGAUGCCCUCAAGAGUAACCUUCCGCCGUGUCGCGUGUGCGAAGCGCCAGGCGCAGGGUUCCACUACGGUGCCAAUACGUGCGAAGCGUGCAAGGGCUUCUUCCACCGCAGUCUUCGACUGCACAGUGGCUACCGCUGUGAGGCUGGCAACAACUGCAUCAUUGAAAUUGGCAGCGGCAAACUGUGCCAGCUGUGUCGUUACAAGAAGUGCAUCUCUGUCGGGAUGGCCAAAGAAGCUAUCAAGACAGGCCGGUACACGUCGUCCAAACGAACAAAUGAUAUCCUGGAGGUGAAGAGUCUGGAGAACAAACGGAAGCUGGGCCUGGUGGACGAUGGUCUAGUGAACGGCAAUGGUUCUAGCCCUGCGCCAUCUGGUCUACCCGGACACGCUUUGACGAGCGGUGAUGGGCUGUCGCCAGAGCUCACGACGUCUUUGUCGAGUGUCACGGGCUUCACUUCUUCCAAUGGGCUCAGUCACAUGGCGAGAGUGAUCAGUCAAGCUUUGUUGAACGAACUAAGCGACACCUCGUCGAACGGUGUGGUCUCUCGUAGAUACACUCCGCUUAACGGACUGAAUCAGACUCAGUCGAGUAGUAGUGCGUUAGGUAGUGCGCCCGUGAGAAAAGUAGGUCAACAGUUGUCAACAGACCUGGACAGCCAGAGCUCUUGGGCCAGUGCAGCGGGUCACAGCACCUCGUCCGACUCGGACAAGUUCUGCAGAGACGUCAUUACCUCCUCUUCAAAUGCACUGUUCGGCCAAAACUCUGGAAUCACAGUUUCUUCCAGGCUAAUUCAGAACCCAUUUACUGUAUUCGCCAGCACAAACAACACGAAUUCUGUAAACAAAACACUCUUGAAAGGGGACUUCAGUGCAGGGAGUGUUGUUCCUUGUGCAACAUCGUCGAAUGGGAAAGAAAAUAGAGCUCAGAAUAACAACUUUCUACCUAGUAAUGGCUUACCAUUGGCUGGUUCCAACUUACCAGCUGACGUAACCCAGGUCGAUUCACAGCCAGACUUCUUACCUGUUGAUUUUGACCAGCUUGUGCUCGACGGGCCUCCUCUUGUCUCCAGCCUUCCCCAUCAGACCACAGCGCCAUCACCAAUAACCACAUUAUUAGACAUAUCCACCUCAUCGGAGUUCCAUCGCAUCGCACCGUCCCAUUCCAUCGCACCGUCCCAUUCCUCAUCAGUUACCUCCGCCAGACUGGCUGACAAUUAUUUUAAUGGAGAAAAGAACCGCGUUGCGAAAGACAAUCUGCUUUUCAUAAAUUCCACAAGUGCAGCCGAAGUCAGUCCAUCCUUCCCGUUUCAAAAAUCGCCUCUGGAUCUUGGUGUGAAUCAAAACCAGUUUGUGAACAGGACUCCUGGCCCUUUGCCUUCGGAAACAGCUGCUGCGUUAGUGCCCUCUACUUCUGAUAAGUCGAGCAGGCAGCAGGUGAAUGGAAUGACCGAUCAGCUCUCCUCUCAGAUUUCAUUGUUAAACAAUUCAUUUUCAAGGACGUCCUCUUCAGCAUCGCUUGGCCAGAAGUUGAUGGGACUGGAAGAAGUGCUCUCAACCUCAUCGAUUGUUUCCUCAGAAUCUAUGGGCGCUUCGUCACCAGACAUGCUGAUAUCACACGGGGUGGCAGGGUUGAUAUCUUCAGGGACUGAGCAAACCUCACAGAGGAAGAAACAAGGGUUGCCAGGGACGAGGUCUGUGAAACCAUCUAGCCCCACCCCUGCCUUGGAGGCGGAGCUUCUGCACGCUUUCUGUGACACUUGUGGGUGUGGCCUUAAUCACAGUAACAUUAGCCUACUGUACCAGCAGAAGGACGAGGUGAUAGCGCGGCUGGCAGAGGCCCACGAGUCAUUCAUGGACCAUUGCUUUGGCCGGAUGGACCCAGAGGAUGUGGCUGCUCAGCAAAAAGAACACUAUGAGCAGUGCAGGCUGAGACAGGAAGUCUUUGGCAAACUGACGUCUCUGAAUGACGCUGAGUACGACGAAAUCUUCACCGAAACGGGCCUGGAUGCGGAUGAUCGGCAAAAACGUAUGGAAGGCUUGAUUGAUUCCAUGGAUAAAUUCAUUAGGGGCAUGGUCAAGUUUGCGAAAAUCAUUCCCGGCUUCAACAAGUUGGAUCUCAGCGAGAAGAUCGGACUCAUAAAAUACUCCAGACAAGAGUUCUGUAUCGCCUCUGCCUCGGCGUAUUUCAACUACGACUUGCGAGUGUUCAAGGGGGCGGACGGGAAGUGGAAGUGUGAGAUGGACAUGCUGCGCGAGCUGUCGAUGGCCCCAUCCGUGCUGGAGGAUUUCUUCGAUUUCUUCCACUCCCUCCAGAUCCUGGGACUCACCAAGAAGGAGACGGUACUGCUCAAGACCAUCAUUAUUAUGGCACCAGAUCGAGACUCAGAGGUACAAAUCUCCGCCCUGGGUCGGGAGGUCUACUGGCAGCUGGUCCAGACCCUGGUGUACCUGCUCGAGAAGGGGCGCGAAAAGCCUAUGGCUCAGUUUGCUCGCAUCAUUGACUGGCUGAUGACGGCCCGCUCUAGGGAAAAGUCGGUGCGCGAGUUUUUCAAAUCCUUCAAGUUUGAGAAGUAUUCGAAGCUAGGCGAGACCCCUCUGCUCCGGGAGAUGCUGUCGGGGAUCUACUUUGACUUGAGUGAUGACGAGAGUUGACGUUUCCUCUUUUCAUUUGACUUUUGUUAAUAUCCUUGGACUGGCAACGUGAAGUCCUGAAAAACUUAAAAGUCAUGGAUAGCCCGAACAAUGGGACAGUGCAUCAAAGCAACUGACUAUCGUAGUGAAUGUUGGACAUUGCUCAUCAAUCUCAAUGACAAUGACAAUGACAAUGACAAUGACAGUGACAAUGACAAUCUUUAUUCAUCUCGC